CUUUGGAAAGAAUGAGCUCUUCAACUUCACAGAUCUAGGAAGCAUAAGGCAUCUGUCUAUGAAGGGGCUGCACUCUCCCCAGGGGUCUGGUCAUCUCUCCUCUGGGAUGGACACUAUCUUUGUCAUGCUUGCACUUUUGAUUUUGUGGAUAUUGGAUUCCAAGCCUUCUUGACCAUCAAAGAGCAUUUUCAGAAUAGAUUCCACAGGUCAGGUGCUCUUGGAUCGGAUUUGAAGGGAAAAUUAGAAACUGUUCAUUUUGGCUGGCAGGCUCCGGUGUAGUACACAGCUCCAUUCCAUGCAUUGCAGCAUGAUAGAAGGGGGUCCAUAAGUGCUGGAAUUGAUCUGCAUUUUCCCCCUUGAAACUAAAGAAGCAGCACAUUUGUUACAUCAAGGAUGGAUUACCCAAAGAUGGAUUAUUUUCUGGAUGUUGAAUCUGCUCACAGACUGUUCUACAGUCAAGGAGCUCAAGCUCGCCGGGCGACCCUGCUCCUUCCUCCCACAUUAAUGGCGGCAUCUUCGGAGGAUGAUAUAGACCGGCGGCCCAUCAGAAGAGUCCGGUCCAAGAGCGAUACCCCGUAUCUCGCCGAGGCUAGGAUCUCCUUUAACCUAGGAGCAGCUGAGGAAGUGGAGAGACUGGCGGCAAUGCGCUCUGACUCUUUGGUCCCUGGCACCCACACACCGCCAAUCCGGAGGAGGAGUAAAUUUGCCAACCUGGGAAGGAUUUUCAAGCCAUGGAAAUGGAGGAAGAAGAAAAGUGAAAAGUUCAAGCACACAUCAGCAGCCCUGGAAAGAAAAAUCUCAAUGCGACAAAGCAGAGAGGAGCUUAUAAAACGAGGGGUCUUGAAAGAAAUCUAUGAUAAAGAUGGAGAACUUUCUAUAUCCAGUGAAGAUGGAUCCCUGGAGAAUGGCCAGUCCUUGAGCUCCAGUCAGCUCUCACUUCCUGCCCUAUCAGAAAUGGAACCAGUUCUGAUGCCCAGGGAUCCCUGCUCUUAUGAGGUGCUCCAACCCUCAGAUAUCAUGGAUGGGACAGUGUCUGAAGAAAGCCCCUCAACCAGUGAAUCUGGAGCCCUCCUGUCCCAAGAUCCUUCAGCUAAACCAGUCCUGCUACUUCCCCCCAAAAAAACUGCUGCUUUCCCUGGAGACCAUGAGGAGACCCCAGUGAAACAGUUGCCCCUCCUCAAGCAGCCCCCUGCCCUGCCUCCUAAACCCAUUGCCAGGAUUGCCAACCAUUUAACGGAUCCUGGUGCCCCUGUGAAAUUGCCUUGCUUGCCAGUGAAACUGUCUCCUCCGCUACCUCCAAAGAAAGUCAUGAUUUGCAUGCCUUUAGGAGGGCCAGAACUCUCCCUCGCUUCCUAUGCGGCCCAGAAGAGUGCCCAGCAGACCAUGGCUCAGCAUCACCACACUGUCCUGCCAUCCCAGUUGCAGCACCAGCUCCAGUAUGGCAGCCACAGCCAGCACCUCCCCUCCGCCUCCAGCUCACUACCUAUGCAGCCAUCAGGUUGCAGGAUGAUAGAUGAAUUGAACAAAACACUGGCUAUGACCAUGCAGCGACUGGAAAGUUCUGACCAGCGAGUGCCCUGUUCUUCUUCCUACCACAGUUCUAGCUUGCACUCGGGUGAUGGUGUCACAAAAUCAGGACCAAUGGGCCUUCCAGACCUAAGACAAGUGCCAACUGUUGUGAUUGAAUGUGAUGACAAUAAAGAAAAUGUGCCUCAUGAAUCUGAUUAUGAAGAUUCCUCCUGCCUAUACACAAGGGAAGAGGAAGAUGAGGAUGAAGAUGAGGAUGAUGACAGCUCAUUAUACACUAGCUCUCUGGCUAUGAAGGUGUGUCGAAAGGAUUCCUUGGCCAUUAAGCUCAGCAACAGGCCCUCCAAGCGAGAGUUAGAAGAGAAAAACAUCUUGCCCAGGCAGACUGAUGAGGAGAGAUUGGAACUGAGGCAGCAGAUCGGUACCAAGCUUACCAGGCGACUGAGCCAGAGGCCGACUGCUGAGGAGUUGGAGCAAAGGAACAUUCUGAAACCCCGGAAUGAACAAGAAGAACAAGAAGAAAAACGAGAGAUCAAGAGGAGGCUAACUCGAAAGCUCAGUCAGAGGCCUACAGUUGAAGAGCUCCGUGAAAGGAAGAUUCUCAUUCGCUUCAGUGACUAUGUGGAAGUGGCCGAUGCUCAGGAUUAUGACAGGAGAGCAGACAAGCCCUGGACUCGACUCACCGCUGCAGACAAAGCUGCCAUUCGGAAGGAACUCAAUGAAUUUAAAAGCACUGAAAUGGAAGUCCAUGAAUUAAGUAGACAUCUAACAAGGUUUCACCGACCGUAGCAGUUAAAUUCCACUUGAGUGCUAUGCUGUCUUCAAAACAUGAAUUUAUAAGAACCAUAAGUGCUGGUAUUAUUCACUUCUCCCAUUACCAUGUAAAUCUUCUGAACUGCCUUUUUUUAAAAGAAGAGAAAAGAAGAAAAAUAAACAUAAUGAGGAUUAUAUAUAUAUUAUACAUAUCUGUAAACUUGAUGGUUACCAUUCAGUCAUCAGACCUGCUGACAUAACUUCUGACAGUGAAAUACCCCCCCACCACCACCACCACCACCCCACCCCUGGCAGGGCCAAGGACAACAGCUUGGCGUCCUCAUUUUAAGACUUUCUGGCAUGUGGAUGUGUCCUAUUUGUCCAAGCCCAGCUGGUAACUGCAUUCAUUCUGUCUUCAGCCACCCUCAUCCUCGCAAGCGUUUAUCACUCAACUCCAAAGAAAGCUGAGGCAAUGGGUUUCUUUCGGGAAUGACUAUACAAAGUGAAAAAAGUUCAGACUGGCCUUUUAAGUAAAGUAGUCCCAAGCACUUAACCAAACGUGGCUUCUGAUUGGGGAAGCACCUUAGGAGGAGGAGGAGGAGGCAGUCAUGGAGCACUGCUCUCAGUGACCCCUUUCCCUACACUCCCUCCAUUCCAUCCCUGUUUCCAUCCUCCAUAUGCUGAACACAAAGGAAAGCCCUUUUUCUACCUGAGUUUAUAGUCAACUAUUGGUCUCAAGAGGUAUGUGCACCUUGGGGAGUAGAAAGUUCUUCCUGGCUAACUUAUAGAAUCACCUCAGACCAAAGCUGUCUCUCCUUCUAGCCAAACUUGCUUAGAAUGAAUAAAGUCGGCAUCUUUAUUUCUUAAUGAAAAGUGGAGGACCCACAAGUGUUAAGAAAUCAGAAUGUCACUGGCAUUUACACACACACACACACACACACACACACACACACACACACACACACACACCUGAAUGUUAUUAAGGUACAAUGGCUACAUAGGCAUGUACAUGUAAAAAAUAGGCACAAUGGCCAAGAUAGCUACCCAGCUUGGCUAAUGUUCUUAAUUUUCCUAACAUGCUCCAAUGCUGGUUUUUGUAAAGUGCACCAUUUUAAGGUUAUGUAUGUCUUGGAAGUGAACUGAGCACAGUACCAAAGCUUGAAGGCUGCUUGGCAGAGUUCAUGCCACUGACACUGGUUCUCUCUCUCUCUUUUUUUUUUUUUUUUUUUUGGUGAGGCAAUUGGGGUUAAGUGACUUGCCUAGGGUCACACAGCCAGUAAGUGUUAAGUGUCUGAGGCCGGAUUUGAACUCAGGUCCUCCUGACUCCAGGGCCGGGGCUCUAUCUACUGUGCCACCUAGCUGCACUGACACUGGUUCUUAAAUAACAGAUAGGCCUCUCCUCCAAAAGCAUGACACUUGGUGGCUUUCCAUUCCUUCAUCUUUGGUUUUGAAGAGGUCACUUGGAGCUCAGCAUGCAUGAGAACUGUGCAGCUAUGAACACCAGCCAUGUCCAUACUGAUCCUUUAAAACCAGCAUGAAUUUAUUUUUCAUCAUCUCUUUCAGAAUGCAUAUAAGAAUGAGUUUGUCUACAAGAAGGCUGGCCCAAUCUGAACAGUAAAAAGAAAAAUGCAGUGACCUUGGGGGAAUAUGGAUCGCUCAAUUCAUUAUGACAAAAGCGGCAAUUCUUAAUCUCAUCCCUGACAAUGGGCAUAACAAUUAUUGUGCCCAAGGGAGUUAUAUUUGGUUUAGUUUUAUUUUUGAGAAAACCAGUAAAUCCUAAAUGGCAAAGCUUAGAUAUUUGUGAAGAUUUGCUUAUCACUCUAAUAACUUGAUGUGAUCCUUGGAUUCUCCACCUCAUGUAUAUUUUACUUAGAGGUAAACUGACUAGGCCUUCACCCAAACAAAAAGAUAGGUAAUUCCCAUCACCAUCCCCAACCACCACCACCACUAUACACACCAUACUUGAUUUAUGGCAGGAGAAAAUUCCUCUUUGAAUUCCUGCCAGCAGCUGGGGUCAUGCUGUUUUCAUGGGGUCAGCAUGUAUCCGGGCCAGCUCAGGACAGUUCCUCAGAGCAGAGCUCACCAGCUAGGGGACCCCCACCCAUGAGUUCCUCCAUGUCAUCAGGAAGGAGCAUUCCAAGGGGUCCAUCUUGGUGUGUAUAUUAUUACUGAGGCUUUUUAUCUUUUUUCAAAUGUUGAGUUCCACUAUUUAUUGUCUUGGGAAGAUAUUUUGUUCAGGGACAGUGUGUCAGGAUUUUAAUACAGCGGUAAAUAAGAUCUUCCCAAAAUGCUUAUUGACAUGUGAAUGUGCGAGUGGCUUGAUGAAAGAUUUAGGGGCCUAUUGUUUGACUCCUAUACCCAGUAUUGAAAGUGCUGGCAUUGUGUUGGCUUCCAGGGAAAAUUGAGGGGAAUUGGUUUUGCCUACCCCAGUCAUGUCUCUGCUAACUUCCAGUAACUUCUUCAUGAGAUACAAUACCCCUGGUUUUACCUUGGAGUAGAGGGAAGCAUCUUCUGUGGGCUAGACCCCUAUCGAGAAGCCUCUGCUUUUUAAGCCCUCUGAGGGCUCCAUGCAACAACAUUCCUGUAUCUCACAAGGAACCAACCAGCAGCAUACCUGGGUUUUCUCCCUAAAGUGCCCAACUGCUAUAGUCCACUUUAUACACAGGAAGAUUAACUGAAUUUAUUUUUGCCUUCCUGCAAAGCACCUUUUCUCCAGGCAUCAUUUGCACUGUCAGAUGUGUAUCCUCAUAGACCUCUAUCAACAGUGAGAACUGUGCUCGCAGAGCCAAUGUAGGCUAUUUCCAGUCUCAUUUUUGUGGCUCUUACGCCCACCUGACUCCCACCAUCUGCCAUGGGUAGCACCAACAAAUAUGGACUGCAGGCGGAGGCCCUCUAAUCUAUGGCUGUUUUUGCAAUAUCUUGAGUUCUCUGUGGAAAUCUGUCAUUUCUUUUUUACCACAUUGCUAUGUCAACUGAGCCAAUAUACAUUACUGUGGAAGACUUCGAUUCCAAUUCAGACAGAAAAGGGGUGGCCUAGAUUCUGUUUAAACUGCAUCUCUCUUCUGAGGAAGCUGUAGUUUUUAAAUGAAGGUUUCUUUUAUGUGAUGUACUUUAAAAUCUAUAUGAACAUCUGGAUUAUCAUAAAAGAAAAAUGUACUAUUUCUAAACAGAUAUUUGAACAUCUGGAUUAAUCUUAAGGAGGGGAAAAAAAAGAUGUGACAUUUCUAGACAAGGUUAACUUUACCAAAUGUAGACUUUCCGUAAUGCUUGAAGAAAAAGAAAGCUAUGUAUAUUUCUGUUUUUCUUGUUCUAAGGCCAAUUCAUCUUCAAUUGCAACAGGUUGGAAUUGGAAGGGACCUUUAAAAUUAUCUAGCUCCACCUCUUCAUUUGAGACUCAAAGAGGUCAAGACUUUCCCCAGGUGAAAUAGUAAGGGAAAGCUUCAGCAUUUGGACCUAAGCCCCCUGACUCCCAAGUCUGAUGCCACUAUAUACCACACAAAUGAUAUUGUUUCUGCAUCUAAGGACAUAGUGGGUCCCUUGAACCUGGAGGGCCUUUCCAUUCAAUUAGAGAAAAUGCACAGAGUGAUGGUCAGUGAAAAAGAUACAGCUGUUAAGAUUUCGUUCUUUUCCCUUCUUGAGAAAGUAGCAUUUACAAACUGCAGGACCAAGAUGGUGGCACACACUCAGAAGAAUGGUAUUUAACACUUCUUCAUCCACAGUUAGCCAAGGGCAUCUGAAAUGGCUUUUUCCCACGUUUCUGUUAAAUCCAGAACCAGCUGCAUUUUCCAGUUGCUAACCCAGUGUCUGUACAUAGCUCGUCUUUGUAUAGGAGUGAAUGUGGUGGCUGUCAAUCCUGUGCUCUUCAAGUAUUGUAAUUGACCAGAUCAUGAACAAGAAAUUAUCUGUAAAUAGGAGAACAAUUCAACUGGAUCUCUGUGUCCUGGGUUUUGUACAUACAGAAACUGCAUGGUAUUUAAAUUAUUGUUUGUCUCUGA